AAAAACAGUUCACCGGAGAGACAGACCCAAGUCCGAUUCCUUUGUGAAAGUGGAGGAUCAGUUUCAUCAAAGUCCCUGCAUCCCGCGUCGAACACUUUCAGACUGCCGACAAGAUCGACAACUCUAUGUCACCUUCCAGACGUCAUCUUAUCCAUCUGCUAGACGUGGUGUGGCUUUUUUACUGGACGACAUUAGAUACAUUGAUGACAGCACCAUGAGCACUAUUUCUACUUUUCACGUGGACUCGUGGUCUUCCCUCUGUCCUUUCCCAACGAUAGCUGACGAACUUCCCGAUCCCUUUCUUACCCAAACCCCUCCUGUUUCCAGCUUUGAUGGAUUUUUCCACGAAUAUAAACUUCCUAGGCCUAGUCCUCUGGCAAAGGACCACUACCAGCCUCUUGCUGAAGAAGGCACCCCCAAGACUGAGAAAGGCGGCCAGUUACCAUGUAAAGUAGUUACAGAAACACUUCUCCAGUGGGAUCCCGACAGUCUCAGUGUCUAUUCUCUAAAAUUGGAAAAAGAUUUCAGGUAUUUCUUCCAGCAUCCGUACGCCCGUCUUUUUGUAUCCUACUUUGUUAUAUUUUGUAAUUUCCUCAUUUUCGCUGAAGAUCCAGUCUCGCACAGUCACACGGAGAGCGAGAUUCCAGUAGUUGGCAAUGUCUUUUCUUUUAUAGCAACAAAAUACCCUUCUGAGUGGACCUGGUGUCUUGUGAAGGUAGCAUUAUGGCUCUUUGCCAUAGUUAUUGGUCUUGAAGUUGGAAAGCAUUUUAUUCAUAACUGCUUUUUAAGAAAUAUUUUACGCUUGAAGAUGUUUCGAGAAGAACGGGGUACGUGGAUGAUAAUGUUUCUCACUGUCGUCAUCUUCAUUUAUAUCUUCUCUCUGGUUUACAACGCCUUCCUUUUGUCCAGUUACCAUGAUCCAGAACCCUACAGAAUCACUGGAAAGAUGGGUAUUACAAACAUGAGCUUCAUGAAGGUUGCAGCGUCGGGCACUUGGUUAGGAGACUUUUUUACUGCUUGGAUGGUUACUGAUAUGAUGCUUCAGGACAAUUUGUACGUUGAUUGGGCGAAACCAGCCAGGACGUUUUGGAAGUCUCACGGCCGUGUUCGUAUCGUCAUUUUCUGGGCAGGAUCAACAAUUAUGACGGCCGUGGUAGUAACGUUAAUAGCCAGUGACUGGAUUACUUGGGACAGGCUCAACAGAGACUUCGUGGCCACCACGGAACUGUCACGUGCUUUCUUAGCUUCCUUUAUACUUGUCAUGGAUCUUCUGAUUGUGAUACAGGACUGGGACUUUCCACACUUUGUAUGUGAUCUGGACAUAAAGCUUCCUGGUAUGCACGUGGCUUCCUUUAAGUACAGGAUGUUUCAAAAGUAUGUUAGUAUUCCGGAUGUAGUCUUUCAUAUUACAGGAAAGUGGUUCAACUACGGGAUCAUCAUAUUCGUGAUGAUUUUAGAUCUCAACAUGUUGAAGAACCAGAUCUUCUAUUCUCCCAAAGCAUAUGGGCAGUAUAUAGGUCCAAAUCACAAAAUAUAUACUGUAGCUGAUCAGAGACUUCUAGCAACAG